AUGGCUGAUUCUGACCCUGGGGAAAGAAACUAUGACAACAUGCUGAAAAUGCUGUCAGACCUGAAUAAAGACUUGGAAAAGCUGUUGGAAGAGAUGGAAAAAAUCUCAGUGCAGGCCACGUGGAUGGCCUACGACAUGGUGGUGAUGCGCACCAACCCCACGCUGGCGGAGUCCAUGCGGCGGCUGGAGGACGCCUUCCUCAACUGCAAGGAGGAGAUGGAGAAGAACUGGCAGGAGCUGCUCAAUGAGACCAAACACACGCAGUAG